CAUUCAUUUUUCAUUAAAGUUUUAAAGUUUAGUUUUGUUUUAAUUUUAAGGGAACUCUCUUUUGACCUGAAUCUGAAUUGAGAAUUGAAGAAUUAAUGUGAAAUGUAAUAAGUUAAUGUCCUUCUUUUCGAAUCUCGUCACCGUCACCUCAUUUACUUUAAAAAACAAUGAAAAAUUAUUUGAUUGGGUAACUUUAAAAAUAUUACCUUUCAUGGCAAUUUCUUGAACAAUUCGUCUGAAUGUUAAAAAAAUAGAAGAAAAAUGUUUCCGAUUCCAAGAAAACUCAAUUUUGAUGAAAGCUCAACCGAAGAAUCAGAUGAUUCAAUAGAAGAAAUAAACAAUGACAAAUCAUCUUCUUCAUCAUCCUGGCUCACGGUGGAGGAAGAGGAUCAAAUUAUUAUCAACCUCGCUAUCCCGUUAGAGGAGUGGGAGAAAAGACACUUGAGUGGUGAAGUGUUGGACGAUGAAGAAAGUAUUCCUCCAGAGUCCCGAGAAAGAUAUAACUUAAUGAUGACCCUAUUUAUGCACAAAUCUCAAAGCCGAUAUCCACAAUUAAUUGUGCCGUUGUUGAAAGAAUUGCUGGCAAUUGAAGGUUGUAAUACCCGGACUUUGGCCGAUGUGUGGUGUGAGACCUUCAUUAACUCAAAACAAGAAGCUUACAGAUCUAUGAUAGAACUUUUCAUCCAUACUGUUGGUGCAACAAUUGACGUAACAUUGGAAAAUCUGAAGACAUUUGAUAAGAAGGGCAAGCAUCCUGACAACAAACCUUGCAUCACAAAGGAGUUACAAGAAGCUUUUGAUGAUUCGGUUAAUGAACACUUGAGCAAGCGCUUUAUUUUGAACAAUGGAUACAUGAAGAAUUUCAUUGAGUUUGUACAAGCUGCCUUGGGAUAUGGACCCCUAUCGGAUAAAUAUCUAGCAUACAAGAUGCAUGUAGCGCUAGAGUUAUUUGCGUAUUCAGUUUGGCCACUGGCUCGCUAUGCAGCCUGUAUUAUUGGAGGAUUACUUUUGAACCAAUAUACAUUACACUUGCCUAGAGAUCCACUUCCCGAAUGGGAAGAACCACUGGUGACCAAUCAAAAACUUGAAAGGACCUUUGACACAUUUUUGAAAUUUUUGUGGAGUUCUCAAAGAGAUUCAAACUUGACCAUACGGAAAACUGCUUGUCAACUUUAUUUCCGUUUGAUAAUGACAGGAGCACCCAAGUUCCAGAAUUCUGAAAUUCUGUGUCCUUUUUCUUGGAGUUUGGCAGACCACAGCCCGUUUAUCAGGAAAUAUGUAGUUGAGUGCUGUGGAAAACUGAUCGGAAUUGAUGAUUUCUUCAGGUGUCCAACCAUACAACCAUUUAUAGAGGUUAUUCUGAAAGCAAUACCUAAACGAAUUACUGACGAAAGUACACAGGUGGCAAUAUCUGCAUUGACUGUCACUGCUAUGAUCGAGAAGAGAGACCCGAUCCUUUUAGAAAGUCUUAACUUCUCUCCAGGCUUCAUCUACUUACUCCUUCUAUCAACUGAUCAAGUUCUAAGCCGUAGAGUAGCUGAGUACGUGCAUGAAAAAAUGAUGUGCAGAACUCAGUCAAAUGAGGACUACCUUGAUUGUUUUUGUAUGUUCAUAGAAGAAACCUUGAGGCAGAUGGAGAGGAGUAAUAUGGCCGAUGUCAAUAAAUUGAAGACCAUACAAGUUAUAGUCAGACGUAUGUAUAACCCCAGUCAAAAAAUUCUCACCUCCUGGUCAUCUUGGAAGAAGGUCAUACUGGAAGAUGAUAGGACAACGGAAAAAUAUGGGGCCACACCUAGCAUCAUAUUUGUAGAGGUAAUGGACUACGUCAACUUCUUAGCUGGCAACCACAAUGCUCUGGAGGAGUACCCACCAGCACCAACGACCAAAACCAACGAAGAAACCAUCAAAACUAAUGAAACGGUCGAGACUCCAAAGAGAGAUCCUGAAUCUCCAAAAGAACUAGAUUAUCUAAGGGAAGCCAUAGGACCCUCCUUGAUUCAGCUAUGGGACAAGUAUAAAGAUGAACCCAUAGCUCUCUUAAAACUAGUCACAAUCCCUCAGUACUUCAAUUGGAACUUAACUUGGAUAAAAGGAACUGUCAUGGCAGUCAAAUCAUGGUUUUGUGUCCUGCUAAACAUAAGACAUAAUCUACACAGUUCCCCCGCACAGGCAGCUGUUCACAAAACUCUUUUAUGUCUUUACAAUUACAUCUUGAAGACAGAAGAAUUUGAAAAUGAGAUUCCUGGGAUGAAAUUGGCUUUGUUUGAUGCCACCUACAAAUUGAGGGACUCGUGUAGAGAAUUAAUAGAGGAGUACCUACUAGAAACUAUGCAGCUGAAACAGACAAAAGUAAUCAAAACAAAUGUCUACCUUGCCAAGUUUUUCGAUGUCAGUGACACUGUACUUGUUUACCAUGCGUUCAGCGCCUUAAAGCUUGGUAUGGAAAAUCACACAGAGGCCAUUAUUACACCUACAGCAACAAUAUGUUUGUAUACAAUACAGUGGGAGGUGAAAAGUUUGAUUGAGGAAAAAAACACAGAUUCCAAGGAAAGGGUACUUGAUCUAAUCAAGAAACAAUCUGUGAUGCUGUUAAAAAUCAUGAAGGACCUCCUCCAUGACACAAAGCAGACAUUGAAGGCAACUGCCUACUCUAUCAUAUGCAGACUAGUGACUCUGCUAUCUCCAUACAACAAGUUUGUAGCCGCUUUUCCCGAGAUUCACCUUCCACCAUUGGAUUUAUUGACAGCAGAGUGGCUCCACCAUUAUUUCCACUAUACAGUAAAUAGGUCUAUGGUAAAACUAGACGACAACGAGUUGCAGGACACAAAACAAUGCUUGGAACUGUUCUGCUCAGUUGUCAUGUCGCAGAUGAUCGACUACAAGUACUCAUUGACAAUUCUGGUCUUCUUUGUUUACUUCAAUUGUAAACAAAAUUACAAUGAAAUAUUGCAGACAUUCUUCUGGACGAUGCAUGAUAAGGAGAAAUCGUUCUCCAAGUUUGUAAUUGAUGGUUUGAUCUGGAAUAUCAUCCACCACGAUCUUAAUCCAGAGUCAUUGGCCAAAGGAGUCAUCCAAGUGAUUUCAAAAGGAAAGCCUCCAAGAUGCGUACAAAGCAUUGUCUUUGUAUUCAUCUCCCACGGGCUGUCGCGAAUUCGAAGCGAGACUCACUAUUUUAUCUUCAAGAUGCUGAAACCCUUCCUCAAGUCACUGUCACCUAGAGAUGUACAAGCAGUCUACGACUCUGUAAGAACUGCUUUUGAACACUUAGUCGAUAGAAGAGAAAUCGCUGAUUUUAUCUCUGCAUUUCAUCGAAUCCCAAAGCAGAGACUGAAUUAAGAAGACAACUUCUAGCUUCAAGAAUAUUCCAGAUUGACAGAGGACCGUGGAGUAUAUUAGGAAUAUAAACAUUGCCUUGAAUCUCUUUAUGAGAUUGUGUUCUGUAUGCUUUAAAAACACAUUGUAUGUGACUUCUACGAGACUUAAUAGUUAUUUAGCUAUAAUUAUAUUUAACUACAGUACAAACAAUUGAUCUCAUUAUAUGUGGUGUAAGUUAAACCAAAGAAAUUUAUUGAAAUGUUAUGUCUUUGUAAAGGUGGCUUUAGGGCAGGGUUCAUAAAAAAACAGCAGGCUUACCUUACUGACAAAAUAGAUGAAAUGGAAAAAGACUUAUUAAUGAAUUGUUUGUUUUAAGAACUCUAGUUGCUCAAUUUUUUUCAUUAAUGAAGUUGUUUCAUAGUUCCUACUUGUUAAGUUGUUUGAGGAACUCUAGUUGCUUGAUUUUUUUUUUUUUUUUUCAUUAAUAAAGUUGUUUCAUAGUUCCUACUUGUUUGGUUGUACCACAAUGUCAGGUUUCAAAUAUUAUAAUUUGUUGUAAUAAA